AUAGAAGACACUUAUUAUGAUAAGAACUAUUCUGAUUCUGACAGUAAAUCUGCAACUGAAAUAGAAAACUUUCCUAUUCUUAAUUUCGACAUUGACGCAUAUCAAGAUGUUAGGAAUAAAAUUUUGCAGCAGAAUAGUGAUAACGAAAAUGAGGAUUACAAUCUUAAUAAUGUGACAGAAGAAAAUAUAUCAUCUGAAUUUGAUGAAGAUAUUGAAGAAAUUUUAUUAGAUCAAUCA